CUCGAUAACAAACAUAGUGCUCGAUAAUGAUAACUGUUGGCAAGGAAGAUGUGCUCAUUUUUGUUGUCCAAUCUAGUGUUCUUAAUCAAAAUGCCGCGAAUUUGUUGGCAGCUUUCUAAUUGGUAGCAGUGAUUCAAAUAUACAAAUAGUCGUUAUGAAGCUUACGGACCUAAACGUUGACUGCUUGCUGGGAGUGUUUAAAUACUGCCCCGAACGAGAUCUAGUCAAUUUGUGCAAGGCUAACAACUAUCUAGGCAGCGUCAUUGAGCAGUAUGUGUUCUAUGCCAUGACAAUGGAUUCGCUCUUGUGCGGCCACAGGAAUCGGCCACGUGUAGAGAGGAGGAAUCAAUCACAAAUGACUUACUUUGAACGUCUGCAGGUGGCGAGAAAUUGGCUGAGUGGCAUUUACUUGGAACGACACUAUUUCCAUCAUGUCCAAAUGUUCCCCUCCAAACUCUGCGUUCACGCUGAUGCUCUGUACAUAACGCAUGCCAAUUACUUACGCAAAUAUCUGCGAACGGGCCCAGAGUCACUGCAGCGUCGCUACGCCGAGGAGAUCAGCACCCCAACGAUAUCGGAUAUAUCGGAUUUUGUGAUGAAACAGAACACAAUAUUCGCCGGACGAGUAAAUGGCUCUUGUUUUGUGCGAGACGGCGAUGGCAUCACCGAGGAAACAUUGCACCACGCCAAGGAAUACCUCUUCUGUGUUGACUUUGUGGACGAUGUUUAUGCCAGCAGCACCGACACGUGUUGUAAGCUGUGGAAACGUUCGCAGGAGUUUGGCUUGUCGCACUUUGAUUUAUUCAUGAAUCUGCAACGCUCAUUCAAGUGCAUGAAACUCAGUGACGAUGGUCAGUGGCUCUUUGGUGGUCUUUACACAGAUGCGGGCAGAAGAGCGCUUCGAGGAAUUCACACAGAAAGUGGUGAGGAGCAAGUUUUCAAUUCAAACACCAUCUCUAUCUACGAUCUCAAAAUGAAAGACGAUCAAGUUUUAUUCACUGCCAACUUUGAUACCACGUUUCGCAUCUUUGAUCGACGCAUCGAUCGAGACGUCUGCAUUUGGGAAGAUCCAUUUGACUCAUCGUUCUAUUGCCUCGAGUAUGAUGGUCUCUAUGCCGUGCUGUGCGGUGCCAAAUACCACAGUCGUGUUAAUUUAUAUGACAUUCGUGUGCCGGGGAAAUACAUUCAAUUGUACUUUCCAGGACGAACGCGUCAACAUCAUAGAAGCUCACCUGUAUAUAGUCUCGCAUGUGACAGUCAAUAUAUGUUCGUUGCCACUGAUCACAAUUUGCGGGUUUUUGAUUUUAGAACAAAUUUUGGUAUUAAACGAGAUUAUAGCGAUUGGCAACCAACAAAUUGAUUGUAUAGCAACUUGUUUGUUUCUUUCCACAAUAAAAUCUGUGAUUUGUUUGCCAAGCUACGGUCUAUUAUGUAUAAUUAUAGUCUGUUAAACAUUAAAAUUCCAUAUGUAUGAUAGUAUAUUUAUUUAUUUGAAUUCAAUCGAAGGGUUUUCGAUAAACAAAUUGCAUUGAGCUGCUUAAUAGUAGAAAUGGUUGACAAGGUAAAAUCUUACAUGAAUAGACCACAAACUUAUACUAAACAAAGAGGCCUUAAAAAUCCACUGAAAACAAAAUGUUUCACACGCCGAAUGUGAAUGGUAAAAACUUAGAUGUACUCUUGUUGUUGUUAGUAUUGUUAUUUUCCAUAGAUUCUCUGAUAAUCGUAUAUACGUAGUAUGUAGUUCGAUAGAAGACAAAUGAAUAUCGGACAAUCACGCGGCCUUUUGGUGUAUUCAAGUAUUAGUAAUACUAUCGUAAUAUUUUUAGUUGCAGAAAACAAAACUUAUGUUUAGACCAGAAUCCUCCAAUAAUAACAAUUGAAAUGUGUGCAGACAUUUGGCAUCAAGUUUGAUUGCAAGUAAGUGCAGUGUAUAUAUAGUAAGUAGUACAUAAGAACAAGCCCUAAUUUGUUGUUGUUUUGUUGCGUUUUAACAGGCACUUUAUCGAUUUGAUGUGUGUUUUAAUUUCAUACAUUUACAAUUUGUGCAUCCUCUACAAGUGUA